AACUCCGAUCCCUUUUACUCUUGUUCGAUCAACUCAUUCUUUUUUGAAUCUUGAAUGGUGGAAACAUCUCCUUUCACGCACUUUCUCCCCUCUCUCUUCCACAUAGCAACUGCGCGUAUGCCACACGCGUUGCCCUCCUCCUAUGGUUCCUGCAAACAAGCCUGGUACUAUCGUUGCCUUGGCUUGGACCCUUGAGCGCGCGCUCUCCCUCGUCCAAACUCUACGUAUUUAGUUUCGUUAAUUUCCAUUUGGGUCUUUCAAAACAAGAUCAAAGAUGAAAAAGAUUAACGUCCCUGAGAAAACUGAUCAGUUUCAGAAGCAGAAGAAGAACAGCGACGGUCAAAACGUGAAGCCGCGAGUGAAGAGUAACAGAUUCUUGAUCACAGUCAACGUUCUUGGAAGCGCCGGACCGUUGAGAUUUGUGGUGAACGAGACUGAUCUUGUUGCUGGCGUCAUUGACACCGCGCUCAAAUCCUACGCCCGCGAAGGCCGGCUGCCGGUGCUCGGCUCCGAUGUGAAUGGUUUCGUUCUCUAUUGCGCAGAUGCAGGAUUCAAUGCUUUAAAUCCGUGGGAAUCAAUAGGCUCACAUGGGGGAAGGAACUUUGUGCUGUGCAAGAAGCAGGGGCAGCCGCAGAUGACAGAGGGGAGGCCGGCCGAGAUGAUAGCUCAAAAGCGAAGUGGUAGCUGGAAAGCAUGGCUUAACAAGCCCUUCAGCAAAAUCAUAUUGUCCCGUUGAGCUCUGUCUUUGUCAUUGGAGAAUCUUCUUUCUUAUCAGUGAAUUCAGUUCCUCCACUGUAACUGUCUCGAUCUUCUCACGCUUUAUAAUAUAUUAUUCUGCUUGUAAUUAAAUGUGAACUUUGAUGCUUAAUUGGUGCUAUUAGAUUGCAAAAAUAUGCCUUUGUGGUUAUAUUA